GUCGCAACUCGCUUCAGUCUCUACCAGUUACGGUUGAAAACGAACGUUUAAAAUGUGUAAUGUGUGCACUCGCGACUCGCCCAUUGAGGCACCGGUUAAAGAAAGCCAACCGAAUAGAACCCUGGAAAGGAUGAAGAGGAAGCACAAUAUUAUCACCAACCCCGCUGAUGAGGAGAAGCAGAAGGAGGUGGCGUAUCAGCCCGAUUUGCUGGCUAUUUCCACCCAAUUGACGAAAGUCGUGUACGAUGCAGCGAAAGACCUGAUGGUGCGUCUUCAGGAGACUAAGGCCUAUGUCAUUGCAACAAAGACAUCGCAGCCGUUCCACGUUGCGCUGGCUAUCUUCGUAAUUGGCGUGUGGUUAAGUCGUCCUGGAACUACCAGUAAUUUGCGAGGCUGGAAGGCUCUCUAUGUUGGCGCUGUGGCCAUACAUUUAGGUGCCCAGAUCUGGAUGACUUUAGUCUCUGGAAUCGUGCUCUACUUCUCACUUCCACGUCAUGAGUUCGGUCGGGUUCAAACAAUUCUCUUCCCAAUCUACUACGCGUUCAACGCAGCAGUCAGUCUUUUGGCGAUACUUGCGUAUUUCCGAACGCAAUGUCUCACACAGUUCGUCAACACAUCCUGGUUACAGCUAGCGUUACUGUUAGUUGUAUUCAGUAUAGAAGCCUAUGUGCGAUGCCGUCUCGUCGCACCAAUGUUACGUGCCAAACACGUCAAGACUCAGAUGGAAGAAGCUGCUGGCGGUGGACAAGAGGUUGGCCAUCUUCUCCUUGGCGAGCUGGCCCACUGUCCACGCUACGUCCGAAUUCUGAAGACUUUCAGAGCCUAUCACUCCACCAUCACUAUGGGUACAAUGAUUACUUUGGGUUGCUCCUUCUACUCAACAAUGAUCAUCGUUGACUCCAUGUGUCAUUAAGUUAUUUCAAAGCUAUUGAGUGACUGUUCAUCGAUAUUAGAGUAACCCACGGACUUAAAGCCGUCGUUUCAGGGAACUUCGAUAUAAGACGGAUUUAGGUCAAAUAUUUACCUCCUUUUUUUCAUAAAAUAGUCUAAUUAUACUGUUUUAAGUACUAUGUUUCCCUUUGAUGAGAAAUGAUUUUAUCGCUGUGGUCAACUGAAUUAUGUUUUUAUGAAUAUGGGGGUAAAAUUUUAUAGUUACAUUGGAAAAUAGGUACCUAAACUGGCAAUAUUGUAAUAAAAUGUUUAUAUAGAUGAUUGGCAAAAUAACAGUAUUUAGGAAUUAAACCUUGUUUCAAGAUAAAAUAUAAAUCAAAGAAAUGUUAAACGUGACAGUGUCAUAUUGACGUUUCAAGUUCCUCUCCACUAAUAUAUUAUUGUCUAUUGGUAUUAUUAUUUGAUUUUAACCGAUUGUCUUUUUCUUUCCUUAAAUUUAAUUUUAAAAUUAUUAAGACGAAGGCAAGGGAUGCCUAUAAGAACAUUUAAAAUUCAGGCUGCGAAGUCUGUCAUUCCUAGUAAAUAAUUAAAAAUUGUUUUUUGGAAAUUGAGAGAAUUUUAUGUAUUAAUUAAUAAAAGCGUGAAUAUGUU